AUGGCUUCUUACGCUGACGAGCUACUGGCGGAUCUAGGAUCGGACUCGGAGGGUUCUGGAAGAGAGUCGCCAGAGCCCGUAGGGGGCAAUGGUUCAAACGCGCAAGCACCGGGUGCGGGCGUUGGAGAGGGGAGGGAGGAGGACAUGGAAGUGGAUGGGGCGGAAAGCCAAAAGUUGAUGAAUGUUCCAGAGGGAGGGACGCGACCCGCGGAGGAGAUGGAUCAGCAAGAGGUGGACAGGAUGAAUUUGAAGGAUGUGCACAGCGUUCGGGGUGUCGCCAAGCUUUUGCAGGGGUCAAAGUUGCAGGAGACGCUCAGAGUAAGUGCUUGCAUUAGCUGCGAGGAGGUGGCCAAGAGGUUUGGACUAAUGCGUCUCUGUGCGACUCCUCAGGCUAUCGAUGUGUACAUCAACCAACCGGGGCCUUCAGCCGAAGGUGCCAAUCAAGCCAUGGCGGCUUCUUCCGAGGACUCGGACGAGUACCGCUUGAUCGUCAAGUCCAACAAUCUGGCAGUGGACAUCGAUAAUGAGGUGCUCAUUGUACACAAGGUGAGUACGAGGGGUUGGCAUUGGGCCAGGAGUUGUCCCGCUAAAUAGACUGUCGCUGAUGCUCCACGCACAGUAUAUACGAGAUCACUACGCCCCUCGCUUUCCAGAGCUAGAAUCGCUCAUUCCCAACCCUUGGGAUUUUGUGCGCGCGGUACAAGCUUUGGGAAACGACGAGGUGCGCGGGCGCCGGUCAUCGCUUCGAAUGCAAAUGCAAGACGGCUGACCUCCCAUUCGCACUCUCGCAGAGCCUCACCAAAGCUUCCUUGGAGCAAAUUUUGCCACACGGCACGGUGGUGGUGAUCAGCAUGACGGCAUCUACCACACAGGGCAAGCCUCUAUCUACUCAAGAGUGGCGCCGGGUCGAAGAAGCGACAGAGUCGGUUUUUGAGCUCGAGGCAGCUCGUAGAAAGAUCUUGUCCUACGUCGAGAGCAGAAUGACUUUGAUCGCGCCUAAUCUGAGCGCUGUGGUGGGCACGCGAGUCGCCACCAAGCUGCUAGGUGUCGCUGGAGGUUUGACGGGCUUGAGCAAGAUUCCCGCUUGCAACGUACAUGUGAGUGGCGCGCUUUAGCGUGGUGUGAUGGCGGAAAUUGACUAUGGCAAGCUCCUUGCGCGCAGCUCCUCGGCGCAUCCAAAAAAGCUGCCACUGGCUUCUCGACCGCUUUUCACAAUCGACCCGUUGGCUUCAUCUUUCAAGCGCCGCUCAUACAAGAGGUGGGCGAGGAGUAUCAUCGACAAGCUCAAAGGAUUGUCAGUGCUAAAGCAAUGCUGGCCGCUCGAGUGGACAUGAAUGGCUCGGACAAGUACGGCAGAUAUGGCGCGAGGAUUCGCAAAGAGCUGGAAAAGAGAUUGGAAAAGCUUCAAGAGCCACCGCCAGUCAAGAUGACCAAAGCUCUGCCAAUCCCGAAAGAAGGUGGAAAGAAACAGCAGAGAGGAGGUAGGAGAGCUAGAAAGUUGAAGGAGAUCAAUGGAACGACGGAUUUGAAGAAGCAGCAGAAUAGGAUGGAGUUUGGCAAGGCGGAGGAUGAGGCGGGCAUCUUUGACGAGACGGUGGGAUUGGGCAUGAUGUCUGCUGGGCAGACUGGACGUGUGAGAGCCAAAGUUGCCAACAAGGCGCACGCUGGUGAGUCAUCGACGUCUGUGCAUAGAAAUUGUGUCCGCGCCUGACUCGAGACUCCCUCUUCACUUUGACAAGCCAAAAUGUCAAAAAGCAACAAGGACCGGCUGGCAGCUCUGAAGGGCAGAUCGGCCGCUUCUGCAUUGGACGCUGGCGGCGAGUCGUCAGGUACAGCUUCCAGUCUGUCCUUUACCCCGGUGCAAGGUAUAGAAUUGGUCGACCCUUCUCGCCAACGACGUGUUGAUGAGGCGAAUGCAAAGUGGUGCGUGACGAGACGAGGCGACGAGCGAGUGUAGCGGAUCGCAAGUGGAACUGAUGCGCAGAGUGCUCUUUCUCGUGACAGGUUCAAGGAAGGAACGUUCUCGCUCGCGCCUGGAGCCAGGGGCAAUAUUAUUCCUGGCUCGUCAACUUCCGGUAGCGCUGCGCCUUCCGCACCAGGAAGUAUGGGACCUCCAUCACUCCCACCGACCAAAAGACCGCGGGUGGAGUAG